AUGUAUUCGCCACCACCAACGACACCCCCACAUUCCGAGAAACCGUCUGCAGACGCGAAGCCUGAAACGGAACACAUCGACCAUAGUUUCACUGAUGUAGAAUCCAGCCCUGGGUCAACAGUCAAGCCGGAGCAGAAGCUGGUUCGACAAUUGAAGAACCGUGAGUCGCUCUUUCUCGAAAGUAGUAUCGGCGGUGUUAUUGGUACCGGCUUGUUUCUAUCAACAGCAAACGCACUCCGUUUCGGCGGUCCUGUGGGACUAUUAUUGGGCUACAUAUUUGUUGGAACAAUUGUCUACUCGGUAAUGAUCUCCCUCGGCGAAAUGAUCAGCUAUCUACCCAUCCCUGGAGGGCAUUUGACGCUCGCCAAGCGCUUUGUAGAUCCUGCAUUCUCGUUCACCAUGGGAUGGAAUUAUUGGUAUAACUGGACAAUAAUUCUACCGGCAGAGAUUUCUGCUGCUGCAAUUCUAAUAGACUUUUGGACGGAAAAAGUCAAUAAUGCUGUGUGGAUGACGAUCGUCAUGUUGGUUGUUAUUGGGAUCAACAUGUGUGGUACGCUUCCGCAUUACUAUCUUGUUGCCUCUCCUUCAACCGAUUUUCAGGAGCAGGUUGUGUCGAUGAUCCCUGCCGACGGAGCGCUGACAAGACCAUCAGGAUUUUACGGCGAGAUGGAAUUCAUCUUCGCCUCCAUUAAAGUCCUCACCAUCACUGGACUUAUAAUCCUCGGUAUUGUGUUGGAUCUGGGUGGUGGCCCAAGCCACGAUCGAAUCGGUUUCCGCUACUGGAAAAACCCUGGUCCCUUCGUUCAGUAUCACGACAUCGCUGGAGUCAAAGGACGCUUCUUAGGCUCGUUUUCUGACGAACUGGGUGGGACAGAGAUAGUUGCUAUCGCAGCAGGAGAAGCGAAAAAUCCCCGGCGCAAUCUUCCCAAAGCAAUCCGUCGUGUUUACAUCCGAAUUUUGCUUUUUUAUAUUGGUAAGCGUGGAGGUUUGGGCUCUUUUUAUUUUCAUUCCCCAUUUCACACUCCUGAAGUCAUCAUCAUCGGCCUGCUUGUUCCUUCAAACGAAGAAAAACUGAACCUCGCGGAUGGCACUGCUGCUAGCUCUCCAUUUGUCAUUGCCAUUGAACGCGCCGGAAUCAAAGCGCUUCCAUCGAUUAUCAAUGCUUGCCUGCUCACCUCUGCCUGGAGUGCCGGUAGCAGUGAUCUCUACACAAGCUCCCGAGCCCUUUAUGGAUUAGCGGUUGCUGGCAACGCCCCGCGUAUUUUCAGCAAAACUCUGCCCAAUGGCCUUCCUAUAGUAUCACUCGCCUUCUGCUCGUUAUUUGCCUGUUUGGCCUAUAUGGGAGUUGGGUCUGGCUCAGGCAAAGUCUUCACUUGGCUAUCCAACAUGACAUCGGUUGCUGGUCUGCUUACCUGGUUUGGCAUUUGUUUGACUUACCUCCGGUUCCACGCCGGAAUGGCCGCGCAAGGGUUCAAUCGGAAGGAGCUGCCGUUCUCCUCGCCGUUGCAGCCUUUCGCCGCCUGGUAUGCCCUCGUCUUCACCGCCUUGAUCUGUCUCCUCAGCGGGUGGGCAGUCUUCCUCAAGGGAAACUUUGAUAUCGCAACUCUUAUCACCAACUAUCUGCCUUUCGUCAUGUUCCCGAUUCUGUACUUCGGGGCAAAACUGUACUACUGGCGCAGAGGACAUGCAUUUGCGUGGCGGCCGGUCCACGAACUUGAUUUCGUGACCGACAUUGACCAAGUCGAGGCUGAUUCGUACGACGAGCCGCCGCCGAAAAACAGAUACGAGGCAUUCUGGAGAUGGCUUAUGUAA